AGGCGCUGGGGAGGGCUUGACUCACUCUUGGGCUUGCACAAGAAGAUUUCAAAAUGAAUCCUCCCUGGAGACUUUAGCCCAUCAAGCCACGUUCCUGGCUGGAGAAAGAAGAACUGCGUCUUUGUAAUUUUUUUUCAAACCUUUACCAUCACUUGCCCUCAGAUCUCCGCCUUCUCUCUCUGCAGGAAACUUGAUUUCCUACUUCUGCACGCCAAGUGAGUAUCUCCAGAUCUGUCUGGUUCUGUCCCCGAGAGAACUGACACAGCAGGGCCACCUGGAAGAAAACACCCAGGAAUGGAAGAAGCCACCACUACAUACGACUACGAUGAGGGCAUACCCUGCAGGAAACCUGAAACGUGGCACAUGUCAGCCCAGCUGCUGCCCCUGCUCUACGCGCUGGUGGUCAUCUUCGGCUCCGUGGGCAACAUCCUGGUCAUCCUCAUCCUGGUCACCUGCAAGCGCCUGAAGAGCAUGACAGACAUCUACCUGCUCAACCUGGCCGUCUCCGACAUGCUCCUCCUCCUCACGCUCCCCUUCUGGGCUCACUACAGCGCAGCCCACAGCUGGGUCUUUGGAGACGCGGUGUGCAAGCUGCUCACGGGGCUCUACCACAUCGGCUAUUUCGGAGGGGUCCUCUUCAUCAUCCUCCUGACCAUCGACAGGUACCUGGCCAUCGUCCAUGCCGUGUUUGCUCUGAAAGCCAGGACAGUCACCUUCAGCGUGGUGACCAGCGGGGUCACCUGGCUGGUGGCUGUGUUUGCUUCUCUCCCAGGAAUCAUCUUCGUAUCACAAAAUAAGUCUGGUAGCCUUUACGAAUGUGGUCCUCAUUUUCCACUCACAUGGAAGUAUUUCGAGGCACUGAAGAGGGUGCUCUUGGGGCUGGUGCUGCCGCUGCUGGUCAUGAUCAUCUGCUACUCAGGAAUCCUGCGGACCCUGCUGCGGUGCCGGAACGAGAAGAGGCGGCACAAGGCGGUGAGGCUCAUCUUCACCAUCAUGGUCGGCUACUUCCUUUUCUGGACGCCCCACAACAUCGUGAUCCUCCUGGACAACUUUCAGAAGUCCUUUGGGCUGAGUGACUGUGAGAAGACAGGCCAGCUAGACCGGGCAGGGCAGGUGACCGAGACUUUGGGGAUGACACACUGCUGUGUGAACCCUAUCAUCUACGCCUUCGUGGGGGAGAAGUUCCGCCGGUACCUCUCGGCGUUCUUCCAAAAGCACGUGGCCAAGCGCUUCUGCAGGCAAUGCCCAGUUUUCUACCGGGAGGCGAUAGACCACAUGAGCUCUGCCUACACCCCGUCUACUGGGGAGCAGGAGGUCUCGGCUGGCUUCUAGCUUGAGAUGGCCUGUCAUGUUCUAGGGGAGAUGGCCAUCUGUGAGAACAAGGCUCAAUGGCUGGUUGGUGACAGAGACCCAAGAGUGACAUUCCCAGGAGCCCCAGGACUGUGCCCAGGCUCACUUCAGUUUUUGGAAAACCAUGCUUCCUCACCUUGGGCAACAGUCUUUCCAAACUUCGUCUUUUUGUUCUCUGAUUCUGUCCAUCUCUGAUUAACCAAAGCCACACACACACACACACAAGGUGGGGUACAGAGUGGGACAGGCAUGGGAUGGACUGGGAUGAGGGGACCCAGGGGCCAGGCUGCAGGCGGGGAGGAAGGAGACUGGGGCAGGGCCCAAGUGGAGAUGGUGGUGAACAAAGAAUGGGUCCCAGCCCUUGGCCCCAUCUCCCACCUGUACAUGACCUGGCAGACUGAGCCCAUCACGGAAACUCUGCAAACAUAAUCAUGCUAGAGAGCUCGGGUUGGAUCUGUGGGCUCUUAUGUGUGCAUGCGUGACACAUUUUUGCUUUACUAUGAUUCAUCCAUCACAAAAAGGUAGCUUACUUGUGAAGGAAACUGCAUCCCGUCCCAGCCCUGCAUGGUCACCAGAAGGGACACUCCCUCCCUGGAGAGCCAGGGCAUGUCCUCAGAAGCCUGAGGACGUGGCUGACAGAGGCCACUGCUUUGGAAGUCACACACCUCUCACCGGCAGAGCACAGCACCUCCGUUGCCAGGCUUGGUGAACUUAGACUGGCAAGAUCCGCGAUGCCUUGGGGAGGAGGGUUUCCUGGACGCCCUCCCCGAGCUUAACUGUGGAUAUAGUCA